AUGAACCUAGCCAGUGAUGAUUCGUCGGAUGAUAUAAUAUCGGUUUUGGUCAUACCACCAAGACCGGAUGAUGAGCCACCGCAAUCCGAUGAGGAUGGCCUACAGAUCGUACCGUUCAGAGCAGCAAUAGCAGGAUUCGGCGCAGCAAUAUUGUCGAACGGAAGUGGUGGUGGUGGUGGUGGUGGUAGUGGUGGAAUAACGCUUAAAGUAGCAGAUGGAGUUGCGGUAGCAGAUGGAAUACCGUCGGUACCGUUAACAAUGCGCUGCAAUGAUGAUGGUGUUAUGAUCGUGGCAGUAGUACGAAUGGAAUCGAGAGAUGACGCCUGAAGUCCUCUUGAUGCUGUUGCUCUGGGAGGAUGUAUUGAAUAUGUUGUUGUCAUGACUGUGUUCGCGCUACUAACAUCCCUUCAUGCUCCAGAAUGA